AAAAGGCUAAGGAAAUUCUAACAAAAGAAUCAAAUGUGCAAGAGGUUCGUUGUCUGGUUACCGUCUGUGGAGAUGUUCAUGGUCAAUUCCAUGACCUUAUGGAACUCUUUAGAAUUGGUGGGAAAUCACCAGACACAAACUAUCUAUUCAUGGGUGACUAUGUUGACAGAGGUUAUUAUUCCGUGGAGACUGUGACUCUUCUUGUGGCAUUAAAGGUGCGUUAUCCAGAACGCAUUACAAUAUUGAGAGGAAACCAUGAAAGCCGACAAAUUACCCAAGUAUAUGGCUUUUAUGAUGAAUGUCUACGAAAGUAUGGAAAUGCCAAUGUUUGGAAAUAUUUCGCAGAUCUGUUUGAUUAUCUUCCACUUACAGCUUUAGUAGAUGGACAGAUAUUCUGCCUCCAUGGUGGCCUCUCUCCAUCCAUAGAUACACUGGAUCAUAUAAGAGCCCUGGAUCGUUUACAAGAAGUGCCACAUGAGGGCCCAACGUGUGAUCUGUUGUGGUCGGAUCCAGAUGACAGUGGUGGGUGGGGCAUUUCUCCACGUGGUGCUGGCUACACAUUUGGACAAGACAUUUCUGAAACGUGUAACCACGCCAAUGGCCUCACGCUGGUUUCUCGCGCUCACCAACUUGUAAUGGAGGGAUACAAUUGGUGUCAUGAUCGGAAUGUGGUUACUAUCUUCAGUGCACCCAAUUAUUGUUACCAUUGUGGGAACCAGGCUGCUAUCAUGAAGUUGGAUGACACUUUAAAAUAUUCCUUCCUUCAGUUUGACCCAGCACCUUGCCGUGGAGAGCCUCAUGUUACCCGGCGCACUCCAGACUACUUCCUGUAAAUUGCUCCUCAGAAAACCUGCCUUAGUAUGUGGAAGUAUACCUGGCUUUUUAAAAUACAUAUAUAUUUAAAAACAAAAAAGCUACAGUAAUCUAUGUGUUUCUGUAACAAAUUGGGAUCUAGCUUGGCAUUAAACCACAU